AGAGCUGCCGCGCUGGCACAUCUUCCUGGAGAAGGGGAGGGUGCGGCUGCAGAGAAUUGAGACCUAGACGCUCUAGAUUCCUGUAUCUGAGAGCGGAGUUGUUUGGGGUGGGGGAGGGCUUGGGCUUGGGACUGUACAAAAGGCUCAGCUUUUGCCAGGCCAACUUGAGACAUGUCUGACACAAGCGAGAGUGGUGCGGGUUUAACUCGCUCCCAGGCUGAAGCUUCGGACAAGGAUGGUGACUCAGUGAUGCAGAGCCUGCUGGCAGUGACCAAGAAACUGGAGGUCUCCGACACCCCAAAGACCUCCAAGGCAGCGAAGGGCUCGCAGGCUGGGAAGGCGUCCAAAGCCCCAGGGGUGUCAAAGGCCACUGAGGCUUCAAAGGCCCCGAAGGCUCAGGAGGCAGCUGCUCCCCGAGCUGUUUCCACCACUCAGCUGACUGACACGCAGGUUGUGGCAGCUGAAAAGAAGAGUCCGGCAGCUGACACUAAGACACAGAAUGCUGACCGAAAGGCUGCUGCCACGGUGCCUGCCACUGAGACCAAAAAGGGCAGCUGUGUGGCUGAUAAGAAGGUCAAUGCUAAAGGAAAGGCCUCAGAGUCUGAGCCUCCUGCCCCCCAGGCUCCAGCACAGGGACCUGCUGAGCCUGAGGGUGCAGCUGCCCAGUCUCAGGAGAAUCAGGACACUCGGCCCAAAGUGAAGGCCAAGAAAGCCCGAAAGGUGAAGCAUCUGGAUGGAGAAGAAGAUGGCAACAGUGACCAGAGUCAGGCUUCUGGAGCCACAGGUGGCCGCAGAGUCUCGAAGGCUCUCAUGGCCUCAAUGGCCCGCAGGGCUUCAAGGGGGCCAAUAGCUUUUUGGGCCCGUAGAGCAUCAAGGACUCGGCUGGCUGCUUGGGCCCGAAGAGCCUUGCUGUCGCUGAGAUCACCCAAAGCCCGCAGGGGCAAGGCUCGCCGCAGAGCUGCCAAGCUGCAGUCAUCCCAGGAGCCCGAAGCGCCUCCACCUCGGGAUGUGGCCCUUUUGCAAGGGAGAGCAAAUGAUCUGGUGAAGUACCUGCUGGCUAAAGACCAGACAAAGAUCCCCAUCAAGCGCUCAGACAUGCUGAAGGACAUCAUCAAAGAAUACACUGAUGUGUACCCAGAAAUCAUCGAACGAGCAGGCUAUUCCUUGGAGAAGGUUUUUGGGAUUCAGCUGAAGGAAAUUGAUAAGAAUGACCACCUGUACAUUCUUCUCAGCACCCUAGAGCCCACUGAUGCAGGCAUUCUGGGAACGACCAAGGACUCGCCCAAGCUGGGUCUUCUUAUGGUGCUUCUCAGCAUCAUCUUCAUGAAUGGAAAUCGGUCCAGUGAGGCUGUCAUCUGGGAGGUGCUGCGCAAGUUGGGGCUGCGCCCUGGGAUACAUCACUCACUCUUUGGGGAUGUGAAAAAGCUCAUUACUGAUGAGUUUGUGAAGCAGAAGUACCUGGACUAUGCCAGAGUCCCCAACAGCAAUCCCCCGGAGUAUGAGUUCUUUUGGGGCCUGCGCUCCUACUAUGAGACCAGCAAGAUGAAAGUCCUCAAGUUUGCCUGCAAGGUACAGAAGAAGGAUCCCAAGGAAUGGGCAGCUCAGUACCGAGAGGCAAUGGAAGCAGAUUUGAAGGCUGCGGCUGAGGCUGCAGCUGAAGCCAAGGCGCGGGCUGAGAUCAGAGCUCGAAUGGGCAUUGGGCUUGGCUCUGAGAACGCAGCUGGGCCCUGCAACUGGGAUGAAGCUGAUAUUGGCCCCUGGGCCAAAGCCCGGAUCCAGGCAGGAGCUGAAGCUAAAGCCAAAGCCCAAGAGAGUGGUGGUGCCAGUGCCAGUGCAAGUGCCAGUGGAAGUACCAGUUCCAGUACCAGUGCCAGUGCCAGUACCAGCACUGGCGCAACUGGCAGUGCCAGCAGUGGCUUCAGUGCCGGUGCCGGCCUGACUGCCACUCUCACGUUUGGGCUCUUUGCUGGCCUUGGUGGUGCUGGUGCCAGCACCAGUGGCAGCUCUGGUGCCUGUGGUUUCUCCUACAAGUGAGAUUUCAGAUAUUAUUAAUCCCAGCAGUCUUUCUCCUCAAGCCAGAGUGCAUCCUCAGAAAGUUACUCAAGACAGCACUCUUGGCAGCCACUAUCAAUUGAAGUUGACACUGCAUUAAAUCUAUUUGCCAUUUCUGA